GCCACCGCGCCUCACAAUCCUUUCCUCCCUGCCGCCGCGGAUGGCCGACGUGCUCGGCUCCCCCAUUCCGGCGGCACUUUUCCGAUGCCUCCUCCAGCGUGUGGCCAACGAACUAACUCUAGCCGACACCUCGCGACCUCCCACCGGCCUACAACACAUGUGACUUGCCGCCUGCACCGGCAACUCGACGCGGCCGGGAGGUGCGCAAGCUGUUCGGUCUUUUGACCCAACAGAAAUCAUAUCAAAAUUCGGGUGUCGGAGAAGUUGGCCGGACGCUCACAAGUCACAAGGCCGAGCUAAUGCACGCCCCCCAUGAGGCCAUGCCCGUGUCUUGAAGCUCGAGAUUGCCAGAGAGCUCGCUGGCCGUUGCAUGGAGGUCUGGAGGGACUUGGCCCUUGCACUCGACAUGUUCCCUUGCGACAUCGAGCAGCAGCUCGCUCAGGCAGUUCAUGAGUAGAAGGUAUUGGAAGCCUUGUCUUCCUCCACAGAACCGGUAGAUCUUCUAUAUAAGAUGGAUAUUGCCGCUUGUGAUCAUUCUAGAGUGGUCACUUCACCAUCAAGUUCAUCAGAAUCAGAUCAUGUACUGAAGUAUGUGCCAUCAAUCCGUGAACGGCUAAAGGACUGGGAGUGGUGGCUAGAUAUUUGCACCCAAGCACCCCCGUUGGGGGGAAGAGCAAGUUGGGGGAGGUCACAUUCAAAGGUGACUGGAUGAAGAGGCGCGCCCAUGUUGAUCUUGGAGACCAAAGUGGCCCGGCUCGUGGCGCGAGGAUCCUGAUCCACCUCUCUGACCGGCUGAAGGACUUGGCUGCGACGGUGCUGCUGAUGAUAGCGCCGCCACCAGCCCGAUGUACAUAUCAAGUUAGACUGGAACGAGCUGACGGCGAUCUGGGGGCCGAUGGUCGCCGUGAGGACGGCCCCCGAGGGCCGAGGGCGCACAGGGUGAAGGAAGGUCAACCUGAGAGUUUUUGCUUGGAAGAAGCUUGCUACCAAGAGGCCGAGAAAGAGGACCACGGCACUACCAGGAUACACACUACGUUUGUAUGUUGCUUGUCCAGGAUAUGAUACACACUAUGACUAUGACUUGGAUGGAUGGGUCAAACCAAAGGGCGAAUAUUAUGCUCCAGUCUAGCGCGUGAUGACGAGCAGAGCAGAGCAUGCAGUCCGCAGGUUCCCACUCACUCACAGACAUGACGAGACCCACCUACGCGCUCCUCCUUCACACCGUCGCGCUGCUCCUCCUCCUCCUGCUGCUGCCGGCGGCUACGACGGUGACCGCGGCGCCCUCGCAGACGCAGUCGCAGGCCGACGCUCUUCUGGCAUGGAAGGCCAGCCUCGGCCACCCAGCCGUGCUGUCCAGCUGGACCAACGCAACGCCGGUCUGCUCCUCUUGGCGCGGUGUGGCCUGCGACGCCGCCGGCCACGUCACGUCCCUCAGGCUCCGGGGGUUUGGAGUUGGACUCACAGGCACGCUCGACGCGCUGGACGCCGCGGUGCUCCCGGCUCUGACCACACUCGACCUCAACAACAACAACUUCACCGGCUCAAUCCCGGAAAGCCUCUAGCGGCUGCGCUCCCUCGCCGCGCUCGACCUCGGCAGCAACUGGUUGAAUGGCUCCAUCCCGCCGCAGCUCGGCGACCUCUCGGGCCUCGUCGAACUCCGCCUCUACAACAACAACCUCGCCGGCGACAUUCCGCAUCAGCUCAGCAGGCUCCCCAGGAUCAUGCACCUCGACCUGGGCGCCAACUUCCUCACCAACCAGAAGGGCUACCGCAAGUUCUCGCCCAUGCCCACCGUCAACUUCCUCUCGCUCUACCUCAACUACCUCGACGGAGGCUUCCCGGAGUUCAUCCUCAAGAGCGGCAACAUCACCUACCUCGACCUGUCGCAGAACACUCUCUCUGGACCAAUACCAGACUCGCUGCCGGAGAACCUCCCCAACCUCAUGUACCUCAACUUGUCCAUCAAUGCCUUCUCCGGGCGGAUACCAACGUCGCUGUCGAAGCUGGAGAAGCUCCAGGACCUGCGGGUUAGCCACAACAAUCUGACGGGUGGAAUCCCCGAGUUCCUUGGUUCCAUGUCCCAGCUGAGGGGUCUUGAACUCGGCGGCAACCCGCUCGGCGGAUCGAUCCCGCCAGUUCUCGGCCGGCUCGAAAUGCUACAGCGCCUUGACAUCAUGAACGCCGGGUUGGUUUCCACUAUUCCACCCGAGUUGGGCAACCUUGGCAAUGUCAAUUCCAUGGAACUAGACAUGAACCAGCUCACCGGUGUCCUGCCGCCGGAGUUGUCCGGGAUGCGCCAGAUGCGUGAAUUUGGCACAUCAUCGAACAAACUCACCGGUCAGAUUCCACCGGCUUUAUUUACGAGCUGGCCAGAGCUCGUAUCAUUCCAAGUGCAGAACAACUCGUUUUCAGGGAGGAUCCCACCGGAGCUCGGCAAGGCAGCCAAGCUGAAAAUCCUGUAUCUCUUCAGCAACAAUCUUGUCGGCUCUAUCCCUGCAGAGCUGGGCGACCUAGUGAGCCUGAAUCACUUGGAUUUGUCGGUGAACUCUCUCACGGGACCGAUCCCCAGCUCGUUCGGGAAUCUCAAGCAGCUCCUGAGGUUGGCGCUCUUCUUCAACCGGCUCACCGGCACGAUCCCAAUGGAGAUUGGCAACAUGACAGCGUUGCAAGUCUUGGACAUCAACACCAAUAGUUUGGAAGGCGAGCUGCCCACCACCGUCACAUGGCUCAGUAAUCUCCAAUACCUUGCCCUGUUUGACAACAACUUCAAUGGCACCAUACCGCCGGACCUCGGGAAGGGGCUGAACUUAACUGACGUGGGUUUCGCGAACAACAGCUUCUCCGGUGAGCUGCCGCAGAGACUGUGUGAUGGCCUCACGCUGCAAAACUUCACGGCGAACCACAACAACUUCAGCGGCAGGCUGCCGCCCUGCUUGAAAAAUUGCACGGGGUUGUUCCGGGUGCGGCUGGAAGGCAACCAAUUCACUGGCAAUAUCUCAGAGAUGUUUGGCGUCCAUCCCAGCUUGGACUACUUGGAUGUCUCGGGGAAUCAGCUGACAGGGAACUUAUCAUCUGAUUGGUCACAAUGCACCAAUCUUACACUCUUAAACAUGAACGGUAAUCGAAUAUCUGGCAAUAUUGAUGCAACCUUCUGCGAAUUGAUCUCUCUCCAUUCUCUGGAUCUAUCAAAUAACCAAUUCACUGGGGAGCUCCCAAGUUGCUGGUGGAAACUCAAAAGUAUGUGGUUAAUGGAUUUGUCCAACAACGGUUUUUCAGGUGAACUUCCUAUAUCAACAAGCUUGGGCCUUGAACUCCAGUCACUUCGUCUUGCUAACAAUAGCUUUCUUGGAGUUUUUCCAUCUAUAAUUGAAACCUGCAGAGAUCUUGUCAUCCUAGAUCUUGGGAACUACAAGUUCUUCGGUGAUAUCCCCUCUUGGGUUGGAACGAGUGUUCCUCUUCUAACAGUUCUGAGCCUCCCAUCCAACAAUUUCAGUGGUGUUGUUCCACCCGAGUUAUCCCAACUUUCUUAUCUGCAAGUACUGGACCUGUCCAGCAACUCCUUCUCAGGUGAGAUCCUCACGGCCAUGCCAAACCACAAUUGCUCUCUCGAGUCAUUUCAUCUCGCCGGCAAUGGCUUCGUGGGUGCCUUCCCACCGUACCUACGAGGCUGCAACUCCCUGGCCACCCUGGACAUCGGGAACAACCGGUUCUUUGGUGGUAUCCCCACAUGGAUCGGGAAUCAGCUUCCAUCACUGAAAAUCCUUAGACUCGGAUCAAACAAUUUCACCGGAGAAAUCCCCACGGAGUUAUCAAGGCUUUCGCAACUUCAGCUGCUCGAUAUGGCCAACAAUAGCUUGAUAGGAUCAAUUCCAGUUGCCUUUGGCAACUUGACCUCCAUGAGGCAUAAUGUUCCCCCAUUGGUCCGACCGAGGCCAGUUUCCGCUCCUUUGCAGAUUAUGCCCAAUGGCCAAGGCCAACUGCGAGUGGAUGAGUUUCCAGCCAGAGUCAACAUAUCAUGGAAGGGCCGUGAGCAGACUUUUCAGAAAAGCAUCGGGUUAAUAACAGGUAUUGAUCUAUCAAGCAACCGACUUACAGAGAGCAUCCCUGAAGAGCUAACAUACCUCAAAGGUCUCCGGUUUCUGAACUUGUCCAGAAAUGAUCUAUCAGGCAGUAUUCCAGAAAAAACCGGAAGGUUGGAGCUCCUGGAUUUCCUUGACCUCUCAUGCAAUGAACUCUCAGGCACUAUUCCUCCUAGCAUUUCAAAUCUGCGGUCCCUCGGCAUGCUAAACCUCUCUAACAACCACUUAUAGGGCCGCAUACCCACUGGAGAUCAGUUACAGACGCUCGUGGAUCCAUCGAUUUAUGGCAGUAAUCCAGGGCUCUGUGGCUUCCCGUUGUUGAACGUGUGUGAGCCUACAUUGGACCAAGGAGCUGAAGUCCACAAAGAACUGAGAGGAGACAUGUGGUUGUGGUACUCUGUAAUUCUUGGCAUUGUUUCCGGCUUCUGGCUUUGGUUUGGAGCUCUGUUCUUCCUGGAGCAGUGGAGGUCUUGUUUUCUCUGUUUUGUUGAUGGCUUAGGCAAGAAGAUACAUGCCAGACGUCAAUAAGGCAUAUAUUAGGCUCACAUGUGGUAAAUCAGCAGCGACGUCAUAGCGCCAAUUAUGUGAAAGAAGAGUUCAUUCUACUUGAGGGAUUCGAUGCAUGCAUGAGCUGGCUCAGAACGGCUGUACUCACAUUUAUCCUGGCUCCUUUUGAUCCGGGUAGAGUUGGAGAUAUAACGCCUGCCAGGCGACCCAGUACAAGCUCCCCAGUCGUUCGAUUUGAUAAAAUCACGGAUGGAAAAGAUCUUCCAGAGCCGCAUUGAAGGCAUCCAUCAGAAUACUUCACAGCAAGAGCUGCAGCAUCAACAUCCAGGGCGCGGCGUGAUAUUCACA